UAUCACUUUCAUUCAACCUCUUCUCCAUUCUCCCUCCCCCCCCACCCCCACACUUCUUUCCUCCUAAUUAUUCCCAUUCGGGUACUCUCACAUAACUCACCAUGUUCCGCUCCGCUGUCGUCCGCUCCCUCCGGGCCUCUGUCCCUCGUGCCGUCAAGACUUCGGCUCCCUUCCAGAUCCGUAGCUCUGCUGUCGCUCGCCCGGCUCAAUUCGCUCCUCGCUUCGCCUACCAGGGUGUCCGUCUCUACUCCGCUCCUGCCGGUCUCAACAAGGAGGAGGUCGAGGGCCGCAUUGUCAACCUGUUGAAGAACUUCGACAAGGUUUCCGACGCCAGCAAGAUCAACGCCGCUUCUCACUUCACGAACGAUCUCGGUCUGGACAGCUUGGAUACCGUUGAGGUUGUCAUGGCCAUCGAGGAGGAAUUCAGCAUUGAGAUCCCCGACAAGGAGGCCGACUCCAUCCACAGCGUCGACAAGGCUGUUGAGUACAUCCUUGCCCAGCCCGAUGCUCACUAAAUACCCGCGUAAUGAGGAACCGGGAAGUUGUUGGAGGAUUAGAAUAGAAGAAAUCGAAAGGGGAUGAUGGCGUGCAUCUACAGGAAACUCGCCACUGCGGAGACUCCGGGUAGCUGGGGAUGCUACCCUGUAUGCUGAUACAUGCCUCUGCUCUUUCAUACUCUACUAUAUCGUGUAUAUCACCUUUGGGAAUGCCGUUCUGACCGAUACGA